GUCAUGUAAAGUGAGCGCAGUGUAACGUAAAGAUGUUCAAAUGUAUUUAUACAUAUUACAUGAAAUAUCGUAAACUAAUUGCUUGUUAAGUAUUAACGAAAUUUUUUUAAGCUUUUCGAAUUGAUUAAUAAGAAUAUAAAUAUCAAAAUCGUCAAUAUAAGUUGUGGAGUGCCAUAUAAAUUAAAACAAUGUUUUACAAUGAUCCAUUAUGUAUUUAAAUGUGAUAACUAUCAGUUUAGUGUAGUCAUUACCGGUAAAACCUGAGUUAUUUAAAUAAAAUGUUAUUUAAAUUAAGGAAAAAGAGUGUACUGUGUAACAUAUUAAUUGUAACAUUAUUUAGUAUAAUCAUAGUAGGAGUGUACUUAGGCAAGGUUUAUAAUAUAGACACAAAAUAUUAUAAGGAAUUUAACACACACGAUGUGAUAGUUCGACGAUUUUUUGAACAGAGAGAGAGUUGGAGGACGUCUAAUGUGGGCUCUUUGUUAUUUAAAUUUCAAUUUGCAAAUGACAUAAUGCAAAACAACACACGUGGAAGCGAGAACAAAAGGUUUAUUGUUUUAAUAUGGAAACACUGGGACUGGCUGAAGAAUCGUCACAUUUAUAGUUUUGAUAACGAACGUUUAAGCGAGCCCGAUCCACUAGAGCAGUGCAGCGUGAGAAACUGCUUAUUGACAGGAGAUGACAAAUACCUGGAAUCUGCUGACGCUGUCGUAGUACACAUCCAAUACGGCGUGUUUCCUAACACAUCAAGAAGAAAUAACAGACAAAGAUGGAUAUUUCUCAACGACGAAUCUCCAAUCAAUGCGUUUUCGAUGGCGAAAGUUAAACCAAAGUUAGAAGACUUGAAAAAUAUUUUUAAUUGGUCCAUGACGUACAGGAUCGAUGCGGAUAUACCAGUCCCCUACGGUCGCACAGUGCCCCUUCAGCAACCAAUACUUGAUGACAUCACAAUGAAGGCUUUAUCUGAGUUGGUCCCAAAUUGGCAUAUCAAACGACGUGAUAAGCUGGCGUCAAUCCUGAUGUCUCAUUGUGGACCACCGAAAAGACUCGAAUACUUGCACGAGUUAGAAAAAUACCUACCAUUGGAUGUCCAUGGAAAAUGCUCUAAGGAUCAUAAAAAUAGCUGUCCCGGCCAUUUCAAAGCCGACUGCAAGGUGACGGGCCAAUAUUUAUUUUACCUCGUGUUUGAGAACUCUCAAUGCCGCGAGUACAUUACGGAGAAGGUAUUCAACAACGCUUAUGAAAAGGGCGCUAUCCCAGUCAUAAUGGGACCGAAAAACGAUGACUGCGCAAAAAUUCUGCCACCCAACUCAUUUUUACACGUGGAUAACUUCAAUGGACCGAACAAUUUAGCGGAAUAUAUAAAAUUUUUAAGUGAAAACGAACACAUUCUACUCGAAUACCACCGAUGGAGGAAUGAUUUCAAAGUUUUAAGUGAGCACGGCUAUUUCGGAACGAAGUCAUUUCAUUACUGUCGAGUCUGUGAAGCGUUAAAUUAUAAUGACCGGAAAGAUAGGGUCUACGGUGAAAAUGAAUUGCGGUCGUUUUUAGAUCCCGCACUUCUGUGUUCCUAAGGGCAUGUGAAACUAAGUUUUAAGUACUUACUCUGCUAGUACAGCAAGACUUGGCCACUGAAACAAGAGAACGCUUUUGCCGGCCAUGCGCUACCGCUUCUUAGGGGGUCGUUCAAAUUACGUAAGCGUAUGUAAUUUUUACACGCUUUAUAUUAGCUUCACCUGUAUGUAUGUAUGUAACCGAC